UUACAUAUAUUGUAAGCUAAUUUAUUUGUAAAUUUAUACGUGAAUAUGUGAGUAAAUGAUAUAUUACAACGUCUCCGUGCAUUUCGGGAGCAGCGAGAACAAAGGCUUCGAAGCCCAGAAACGCCCCCGCCCUAUCAAGUUGCGUGUAGGUAUCGUUAAGUUAAUCUAAUCUGAGAAAAACCACACAGCCAAGCGACUGCGCUGCCCCGUGCCUUAAAUUUUAUAAACUACGAAGCCGGCUGGACUGCGGCGAAUCAUUAAACAUUUACCAGAGGACGCCGCCGGACGCUAAGCGCAACGCCACCGCCGUGCAAUAAAUAAACAAAUAACAGCGACGCGACAGCAAUUACGACACAAUGGUGGCCCCGUCGAAGCUCAGUCAAGUUUUUAGCUACCAAAACUGGGUGCAUGCCAUCUCCGGUGCUGCCGGUGGCUGCAUAGCCAUGAGCACCUUCUACCCACUGGACACGGUGCGUUCCCGCCUUCAACUGGAGGACGCUGGUGAGGUGCGCAGCACCAUGCAGAUGCUCAAGGAGAUCGUUCUGGGCGAGGGUUUCCAGUCGCUCUACCGCGGACUGGGUCCAGUUCUCCAGAGCCUGUGCAUUUCGAACUUUGUUUAUUUCUACACAUUCCAUGCCCUCAAGGCGCUGGCCUCGAAUGGAAAAGCAUCGCAGCAAAGCGCACUGAAGGAUCUGCUGCUUGGCUGCAUCGCUGGCGUGAUCAACGUCCUUACAACCACUCCCUUCUGGGUGGUCAACACGCGACUGCGCAUGCGCAACGUGGCCGGGACCUCUGAUGAGGUCAACAAGCACUACAAGAGUCUCGUGGAGGGUCUUAAGUAUGUGGCCAAAACAGAGGGUCUCGCCGGCCUGUGGUCGGGAACGAUUCCCUCGCUGAUGCUCGUCUCGAAUCCUGCGCUGCAGUUCAUGAUGUACGAGCUGUUAAAACGGAACAUCAUGACCUUCACCGGUGGAGAGGUAGGCAGCCUGGGCUUCUUCUUCAUCGGGGCCAUUGCCAAGGCCUUUGCCACGGUGCUGACCUACCCCCUGCAGUUGGUGCAGACCAAGCUGCGUCAUCGCAGCAAGGAGGCUACAGCCGCGCCCUCAACGUCCCGACAGGCGGGCCAAAAAAGCGAGAGCACUCUGGAGAUGAUGAUCAGUAUAUUGCAGCACACAGGAGUUCGAGGUCUGUUCCGUGGCCUGGAGGCCAAGAUUCUCCACACCGUGCUCACUGCCGCGCUCAUGUUCAUGGCGUACGAGAAGAUAGCCAGCACAGUCGGCCUGCUGCUCAAACGGAAUGCAUAGAGGAGGCUCUAGUCUACAUUAUUUUACACACACAUGACUUAGACACGGAUAUGGCCAGCAUACACUCCAAAGUUAGCCGUUAAGCGUUGAUGGAUUAAAGAAAGAACAAAUUUAACGAGGAA